AUGAAGCAUCAUGCGGUACAGACGACGCACGGCUCGGAUCCGGAUGCGGUAGGACGCUGGAUGGAGGACGUGGAUUCGUUCCUGGAACUCGAGGACCAAGGCAACGACACCGUCCGAGUACCGAUCCCUCUCGUAACUCGAGAUAUUAUCGAAAAGCUGUUACUCGCGGAGGAAGAGACGGACGGUGGCGAUGAAGACCGGGAUGCCCUGGUUUAUCAAGCGGACCAUCGGUACCACUCUUCCGGAGAGGGACAACAGCGCUGGCCACCCGUCGUCACUGCGCUUCCUGAGGCGCGCACAAGCUCAUCCUCUCGGCGUAUGCAAUCUGUAUCACCGUCUGCGUCUACCAGUAACGCAAUAGACACCCAGUUCUGUGGGAAGGCACCUUGUCGGCUCCUCCUUAUCCUCACCAUCCCCGAGCGCGAGCCAGCGAAGAUACAGCAACAGCUCGUCCAGAUCCUCGCUCUGGCCAGAAAACUGAAUCGUACGGUUGUUCUUCCGAAUGUAGGCAAAGGACGCGUCGGCACCUGUCAGCGCUGGGACUUUGACACAUACUUCGACAUAGCUUCAACUGCGCUCGGAGGUGGAGAACGCAUGAUGAUGAUGGACGACUUCCGGACAUGGGUCGAUAUGCGCCCGCUGAGUCCGACGACACAAGUUGUCGCUGUUGACGAGGGUGCCACGGAAUCCAACACCGUGGUCGAGUACGCUUCGAUGGUCCAUGAGAAGGCGGCGAAAACCAUGCGCUGCUUCAAGACAAGGUUUCGUGAGCUGGAGCUGGAAAAUACUGGGACAGCUACCAUGCACCUCUUACCUGUCUCGGAGGGGCGAUCAAAUUCCGGUGAAGCUGCCAUACUGGUCAACGCGCUCUCGGAAGGUCGUGACACUACAAACGCAAGUGAAACUACCCCUGCUUUACCUUCCGAGCUGGACUACGGUACGACCACUGCAUCCAAGCUCCCGCGCCACUCCGACUCGGAUGUACUCCUCCUCUACUGGGACGUACGCAGUGAUCUAUUCUCCACUGAGUCAACUACUGCCAUCGACUACUCUCCUAGGCUCUGGGCUCUUGCGAGCCAGGUGACGAAGGACUUGCAACCGUACCUGGCUGUACACUGGCACAUCGACAAACUCCCCGCGGCCGUCCUUCCUGCCUGCGCCGAUGCUCUAGUCGACAUGCUGGACAUCCUGCUCCAUGAUGCGUCGGUCUCACAUGACAUACGCACCGUGUACUUCUCGUCAGACCACUCUCUCAUGAAGCUCGCAUCCCACUCGGAGGACGCGCAGAAGAAAUCGUCUGAUCAACAUACCGCGGCCAUUGACAUCAUACAAGCUGCUUUCGCACCGGGCGGUGAGCUGGAACGGUGGGUGCUGGAGACGAGGGAGGGACUUUUCACAAGACUGAAUGAGACCAACGGAGGCACGGGUACCUUCGACGAAGACCAGCUACCACUUGGCGACACCGGUGUACAAGAUAUACUUGCUAGGAUCGUCAGCAUGAAGGCAGCACUGUUUGUCAGUGGCACAAAGGGCUGUGGCCGUUUGAGCUCUGCCGCCAGGCAAGUCACAGACUUCCGAGCUCGCGCGAAGGACCAUGGUGCGAUAAAGGAUGUCGUCAAUCUGUUCGGGUAG